UGACGGAACCCCCCGCUGCCACUCUCGAGCUCCCUUGGCAGGUAAGGCAGCAGGCUGCUCUGCUCCUGGCACUGCGGCCCUCCGGCUGCUCCCAGUGCCCCACAUCUCACCCAGCGCCCAUUUGGGCAUUUCCCCACAGAGAGAAUCCCUUCACGGACGCUGACGGUGCUUGCGACACCCGACGCCGCUUUCUUUGGAUUGUUUGUGCCACCACCGGCCUGCUGCAAUGCAGCCCACCUUUGGCAACGCAGCAGUGCCGGUGACACUGCAACCCCUCUACGUCCCCGUUGUCACCCACGUGGUGCCUCAGGUCUGGCCUGGGGUGCCCCGUGUCCGGGGACAGGGAGCGCAGCUCCCACCCGGGGGGCCGCCUCCAUCUGUGCGUCAGCUCCCACCUUGGGGACUGCACCCAGGGACGGCUCCCCCCGCGGCCCCUGCCCACCGCUGGGGACAUCCCCUGCAGGCAGGGACACCGCAGCCCCCGCAGCCGAUGGGGCUGUGGCCUGGGGCCGUGUUCCACGCGCAGCCCCCGCAGCCCGCAGGCGGCUGCCCGCUGCAGGACCCCCAUCGCCGCGUCCUUCCGCCGGCACCUCCAGCGCAGCAGCAGGGGCUCCCCGCGCCCUGCACCCUGCCCGCCAGCUGGCAGCAGGCGGCGGGGCCCUUUGCAGAUGCCGUGGUGCUCACGGAGGGCCAGGGGCACCCAGCGCCCACCGACGCGUGCCCCCAACCCACCGCAGCUCCGCUCGGCUGCAGCAGCGCGGCGCUGGACUCAGGUGCGGCGACAGCGAGCGCAGACGUGGCGGAGGACGUUGCUGAUCUGCUCCCGUGGAUCAGCGAACUGACAUCCAACGCAGGCAUCCCGGUCGACACCUCGGAGAUCGAUGAUGUGCUGGCGUGGCUCAGCAACGAAGGGACCCCCAGCUCAGCUGUUCCAGGGGACAAGGACAUCGACAGUCUGCUCACCUGGAUGGCUGAAGCGUCGAGUUGCCCGGAGGUCCCCCAGCCGCCACUGCCAGCCGUCCCCAGCAGCCUCAGCACCUCUCCUGCCGUCGGAGCGGCCCCCGACCUUCCCACGAGCGGCGGGCAGCUCGGCAGAGAGGCGCAGGCUGUCGCCGGGCCCCUCGGGGAGCCGUUCUCAGGGCAGCCGGCAUCCUCUGAGUCGCGGCUCCGCGGGCACCUGAUGGAGGAGGCGCGGCAGAGGCAGCCCCGGGUGCUUCUCAGCCGCCUGGCGCUGCCGACCCACCUGGAUGCUCGCGUGCCUCCUUCGGCCCAGACCGCACGGCUGAUGGAGGAGGCGAAGCAGAGGCAGCCCCGGGUGCUUCUCAGCCGCCUGGCGCUGCCGACCCCCCUGGAUGCUCGCGUGCCUCCUUCGGCCCAGACCGCACUGCUGAUGGAGGAGGCGAAGCAGAGGCAGCCCCGGGUGCUUCUCGCCCGCCUGGCGCUGCCGCCCGGCUGCACCUCCUGCCGCGUGCCGGACAUUCGCCGCCAGGGUGGCACCGAGCCGGCCGAGUGCCCGGCGCCCGCCCGCAGCGCCAGGAAAGGCAGGAGCAGAGGGUGCGAGCAGCGCAAGGACAGCGUCCCGGCCGGGAAGAGGAAGCUGCCCCCGGGCCACGACGCUCCGCGGCACAAACGGCGGCGCUAGGCGAGGCCGGCCGGGCUCAGCCUCAGCGGGAGCGGCUGCGGAAAGCGGCCCGCAAAGAAG